AUGGACUUAUCGAAUUCUAUACCACAAAGUAUGGAGGGGCCGGAAGAUACCCUAGAUGAUCAUACAAAGACAAAACCCAACAGGCCUCGUAGCGUGGAUGUCCGACCCAAUAGCAUCCUGGGGGAUUUCGAGAGUGUAGACAAGAUCGUCGUGUAUGCUUUCGGUGCAUUUGAUCGAUAUUAUAUUUGUUGGCAGGACAAAACCGGAGCAUAUCAACAAGAAAGGCAUGGCCUUCCAAAAGUACUCGACGACUGGCUCUUUCCCGCAAACGGGGGUACGAGAGACCUUUCGACACUGCAGGUCUCACUUGGUCACUACGACGAAUUCUUUGCAUUUGACAAGUUCGAGCGCAUAGCUCACAAGAACACGGAGUUCCGAGAGAACGCAAAUAACAUGAGCCAACGCUGUUCUUCCCCAGAUACCAGCGAUUCCAAGGCAUUACCAGAGCAGCGCAGGAAAUCACAUACAUUCUCCUAUUCAGAUCCCGGUCCAGAGUCACGGACAGAUUUCAUAAGACGAAGGAGCACAACCCCGAAGGGAUCGAGGCCGCGCAGCAUAGCCAUAGCGGGAGCGUUUGCGAUGAAGUCAUGGCACGAUAGAAAGCAAAGUCAAGAUAACCAGCUGAGAAGACUGGAAACAAGCGGAGCUUCGCCUCCAAGGAUGUCCAGACAAUAUCAACCUGCACCUGCAAGGCACUAUGCGUAUUCAGAUGCGGGAGUGCAGACUGACAUGGUUGACAACGAAGACGUCGUCCUUGCUUACUCGUUGCACAGCCUGGCAGCCGGUCAGUCAGUGCCUGACUUACGGCGAGCCCAGCGGUCGAACGUAUCUUCAAUUUCUUCGUUCAACUCACUGCUUUCCGAUGAUUCAAUUGCAACGGACCUUUCCACGUCGUCUUUUUCUAGCACUUCUUCAGCUUUUUUGAGAAACCCUGUCUGCAUGGGGGUCAUGCAACAGUACUUCAGAGAGAGUCAGUAUCGAUUGGGAGAUGCACUGACCAAAGCACCUGUAAUGGGCAUUGGCGCCCAUUAG